AUGUCGUCCGAGUACUCUUUCUGCAGUGAGAAUGGCUUUGACGAGCUCUCGAGCUCCUCAGACUCGGGGUUUGACGUUAGCUUCGAGUCCCCGAAGCACGAGAAUUCGGUGGAUCCUCUUUAUCCGGCGAUCAAGGACGAGAAGAAGAAGAAGACAAGGAAUACGCGGUGUAAGAGUCCUACGCAGGUUCUCAAACUGAAGCGCAAUCGCCGAAUGAAGGCAAACGACCGCGAGCGUCACCGAAUGCACACGCUGAACGACGCCCUGGAGCGUCUGCGAAUGGCCCUGCCGACAUUUCCCGAGGACACAAAACUCACGAAGAUCGAGACCCUUCGAUUCGCGCACAACUACAUCUGGGCGCUCUCGCAGACCCUGGGGAACACCGAGGCGGGCGAGAUAACGGUGAACGUGGGUAACGUCACAGUGAGCAUAAGCGAGAACGGCAACAUGAUAACGUCGUCGACGGGAAGUUGUGCUGUGGCGGCUCAGAAGCGUCUUGGGCCGGUCCACAACAGCUACCCCUACCCCCAGGAGCGUUUUAUGCCAGAAUGGCAGGAGUACGAUUGCUACAGUGACCAAAGUAUCAGCCCACCCAUCCAGUAUCAGGCUUGCUAUGACCAAAGGAUGUACAACCCCCAUGGCCAGCACCAGAUGAGCCAACCCCACCUAAUGGCUCACCAUAACAACAUGUAUCAGUGCCUCUGA